AUAUUGCUUUAUGCCUAAAUAAAAGAAAAUUAAAAUAAACCAGAGAAGAGUAAAGUAUCACGAAAACAGCAAAAGUGAAAAGCCGAGACAGGAAAAAGUCAACCCACUCAUCUUCCUGCUUUCCCACCUGCAGGUCGAAAUACCCGUAUGCUCUUUAGGCUUAUGUGUACGUCGGUUUGUCGUGUGGCAGAUCGGCUCUUGUCUCCAUCCAAAGUUUAGGUAGCCGGCCCGGCGACCUCUGUUACGUUUUGUUGUUUGUUGGUGGAGCACAAGUGAAAAAAAAACAACUGAGCAAAUGCGGGGAGCGACUGAUGUUGCUGUCACAGCUGCUGCCGUCGCCGUUGCUCUGCUACCAGAGGGAAUAAACGAGAAAUUGCGUUUUAUCGCUUGUGCUGAUGAAAUGUGUUUAUUUUUCGUAAAUUUGCUGCAGUCAAAAAUUAUCAAUAAAGAAGUUAUAACAUCAAUAACUGAAGUUGCAAAUUUCUGAUAAAGCACCAAAUAAAUUGAUUAUUGUUUUAAGUUGAAAAUAACAUUCUAAAUGUGAAAAGUAAGUUUAUCUGAUAAAAAAGAAAAGUGAGAAAAUGUCGCGCUUAAUCGUAUAUGUAUGUGCAUCCAUAUAUACAGAAACACAUAUGUAUGUAUGCACUUUCAUAUUUCGUGUUAUGAAAAACUGAUUAAAGUGAAUAAUGUUUUGGCGAAAGGAAAUAUAUAAUAGCGUUUAGCUUAAUAUAAACUUUGUUUGAUAAUAUAUUUACUUAAAAAAACUACUACUUUGUAAUGAUACACUGUGAAAAAAAAAACACUGUUAAAAAUGUAUGAAAAUACAUUAUAAAUCGUGUCGAACAAAAAUCGUUGUUUAUUAUACGACAUUAAAAUUGAAAAGAGUAAAUGACUUAUCUAAAAUUGAAAGCACUAUUUGGUUUUCAACAAAAGGAGAAAAUUCCAUUGACCAAACACUUAUGUACAUUCAUACGUACACAUAUGAAUAACAGCUAAACAAUAAGCUAACAACUAUAAAAUUCAUUUACAAUCAACAAGAUUAUACCAAUUUAGUUUUUGAAAUUGGAAAAGCAAAGGCCUAAAGCUGACGCCGACACCGACGAAAAUGUCCACGGAGCGGGAGCUGGCUCCGGGAGGACCAGCACAGCUCCACACAUUACCAAUCGCUUAUUCAGAUUUGGGCACUACACUGCAACUAAACACGGCUGUUCGAAUAAUUGGCAAAGUUUAUGAAUCACAAUGGACUCCUUCGCCCCCGCGGCCUCAGAGCCCCACUCAAUCGCAGACAAGCUUUGACCCCCUCACAUCACCACCAGCUACCGGUUCAUCAGUGAAUCCCACCGCCGUAACCAGCCCGAGCGCCCAAAAUGUAGCCGUUGGUGGCGCAACUGUGGGCGGUGCAGGUGCUGCAGGUCUCGCCACACAAGCAUCCGCAGUUGCCUCGCCAUUGGGAGCGGCAGCUGCCGCUUCACCUACCACGCAACCUGAACUGCCAGUAUUUACGUGCCCACGUAGGCCCAAUUUAGGUCGAGAAGGACGACCAAUCGUUUUGCGCGCCAAUCAUUUUCAGGUGUCUAUGCCGCGUGGGUAUGUCCACCACUACGACAUUAAUAUUCAACCGGAUAAGUGUCCGCGUAAAGUUAAUCGGGAGAUCAUCGAGACCAUGGUGCAUGCAUACAGCAAGAUAUUUGGUGUCCUAAAACCAGUUUUUGACGGUCGCAAUAAUUUAUACACUCGCGACCCCUUGCCAAUAGGCAAUGAUCGUUUGGAAUUAGAAGUAACCCUCCCUGGCGAAGGAAAAGACCGCAUUUUCCGUGUAACGAUUAAAUGGAUGGCUCAAGUAUCGCUUUUCAAUUUAGAAGAAGCUUUAGAGGGACGAACACGUCAGAUACCAUAUGACGCGAUUCUUGCUUUAGACGUGGUAAUGCGUCAUUUGCCGAGCAUGACUUAUACACCUGUGGGUCGUAGUUUCUUUAGCUCACCAGAUGGUUAUUAUCAUCCUUUGGGCGGUGGCCGAGAAGUUUGGUUUGGUUUCCAUCAAAGUGUACGUCCAUCCCAAUGGAAAAUGAUGUUAAAUAUAGAUGUAUCGGCAACGGCUUUUUAUAAAGCGCAACCCGUAAUAGAUUUCAUGUGUGAAGUGCUCGAUAUCCGCGAUAUUAAUGAGCAACGUAAACCCCUCACAGAUUCCCAGCGCGUCAAAUUCACGAAGGAAAUUAAAGGGUUAAAAAUCGAGAUAACCCAUUGUGGAGCUAUGCGUCGCAAAUAUCGUGUAUGCAAUGUUACUCGUCGUCCAGCUCAAAUGCAAUCGUUUCCUCUACAACUGGAAAAUGGACAAACCGUGGAGUGUACGGUAGCCAAGUACUUCUUAGAUAAGUAUCGUAUGAAAUUGCGUUAUCCACAUUUACCUUGCUUGCAAGUAGGACAGGAGCAUAAGCACACUUAUUUGCCAUUAGAAGUGUGCAACAUUGUCGCCGGUCAACGUUGUAUCAAAAAACUGACAGAUAUGCAGACAUCGACCAUGAUUAAAGCCACAGCUCGCUCUGCUCCUGAUCGUGAACGCGAAAUUAACAAUUUGGUAAAGCGUGCUGACUUUAACAACGAUUCCUACGUUCAGGAGUUCGGCUUGACUAUUUCCAACUCUAUGAUGGAAGUACGUGGACGUGUAUUACCACCACCUAAAUUGCAAUAUGGUGGGCGUGUAUCAAGCAUGACUGGUCAACAACUUUUCCCACCCCAAAAUAAAGUUAGUUUGGCUUCGCCAAAUCAGGGUGUUUGGGAUAUGCGCGGUAAGCAGUUUUUCACUGGAGUGGAAAUUCGUGUUUGGGCCAUUGCUUGUUUUGCACCACAAAGAACUGUACGUGAAGAUGCUUUGCGUAAUUUUACUCAACAACUGCAGAAGAUUUCGAACGAUGCCGGAAUGCCUAUAAUUGGUCAGCCAUGCUUCUGUAAAUACGCAACCGGUCCAGAUCAAGUUGAGCCUAUGUUUAGAUACUUGAAAAACUCAUUCAAUGCUCUACAGCUAGUGGUAGUUGUGCUGCCAGGAAAAACUCCUGUUUACGCUGAGGUAAAACGCGUUGGCGAUACAGUGUUGGGUAUGGCCACACAGUGUGUACAAGCAAAGAACGUAAACAAGACGUCUCCACAGACCUUGUCCAAUCUAUGCCUAAAAAUUAAUGUGAAAUUAGGUGGUAUCAAUUCCAUUUUAGUACCAUCAAUACGCCCGAAGGUCUUCAAUGAACCAGUUAUCUUCCUGGGCGCAGAUGUCACUCACCCCCCAGCUGGUGAUAAUAAGAAACCGUCUAUUGCCGCUGUGGUUGGUUCAAUGGACGCCCAUCCAUCUCGAUAUGCUGCUACAGUACGUGUACAACAACAUCGUCAAGAGAUUAUACAAGAGCUAAGCAGUAUGGUACGUGAACUGCUUAUCAUGUUCUAUAAAUCUACUGGUGGUUAUAAGCCUCACCGUAUUAUUCUAUAUCGCGACGGUGUCUCCGAAGGCCAAUUUCCCCACGUGUUGCAGCAUGAGUUGACUGCUAUACGUGAGGCUUGCAUAAAAUUGGAGGCAGAAUACCGCCCGGGUAUAACAUUUAUUGUCGUACAAAAGCGACAUCAUACACGUCUCUUCUGUGCUGAGAAAAAAGAGCAAAGCGGUAAGUCUGGCAACAUACCAGCUGGCACAACAGUCGAUGUUGGUAUUACACAUCCGACCGAGUUCGACUUUUAUCUAUGCAGUCAUCAAGGAAUACAGGGUACAAGUAGACCUUCACAUUAUCAUGUACUGUGGGAUGACAAUCACUUUGAUUCAGAUGAACUCCAAUGCUUGACAUAUCAAUUGUGUCACACUUAUGUAAGGUGUACACGCUCCGUAUCGAUACCAGCACCCGCAUAUUAUGCCCAUUUAGUAGCAUUUAGAGCCAGAUACCAUUUAGUUGAAAAGGAGCAUGAUUCGGGUGAAGGAUCUCAUCAAAGCGGUUGCUCAGAAGAUCGUACGCCUGGUGCAAUGGCACGUGCUAUAACGGUACAUGCCGACACGAAGAAGGUCAUGUACUUUGCAUAA